ACAGCCUCGCAGGGUGGCCCCUUGGCGCUCAGCGGCCGGUGGAGCCACGGAAAGAGAUUCUCAGCCCAGCCCUUGAGAUGAUGGGACUGGGAAACGGGCGUCGGAGCAUGAAGUCACCGCCGCUCAUGCUGGCCGCCCUGGUGGCCUGCAUCAUCGUCUUGGGCUUCAACUACUGGAUCGCAAGCUCCCGGAGCAUGGAUCUCAAGACACGCAUCAUGGAGCUGGAAGGCAGGGUCCGCAGGGCGGCCGCGGAGCGAGGCGCUGUGGAACUGAAGAAGAACGAGUUUCAGGGUGAACUGGAGAAGCAGCGGGAGCAGCUGGACAAAAUCCAGUUGAGUCACAACUUCCAGUUGGAGAGUGUCAACAAGUUGUACCAAGAUGAAAAGGCAGUUUUGGUGAAUAACAUCACCACAGGGGAGAGGUUCAUCAGGACCCUGCAAGACCAGCUGAAGGCCCUGCAAAGGAAUUAUGGCAAGCUGCAGCAGGAUGUUCUCCAGUUUCAGAAGAACCAGACCAACCUGGAGAGGAAGUUCUCCUAUGACCUGAGUCAGUGCAUCAGUCAAAUGAAAGAGGUGAAGGAACAGUGUGAAGAGCAGAUAGAGGAAGUCACCAAGAAGGGAAAUGAAGCCAUAGCUCCCAGAGACUCAAAUGACAAGAACGAACAAAGUCUGCAGCUCCGAGCCCCCAACAAGCCUCUGGCCAGAUCACAGGAAUCAGGCCCUCCACAGGCAGAGGAGCCACAAGGGAAAGGAAACAUACGCAGCAAUGUGGAGCCCCAGACACCAGCCCCCAGCUCUGAAACAGCUUUAGAUUUGAAGAAACAAGAGGAAACCAAUGAGAUUCAGAUGGUCAACGAAGAGGAGACUCAGAUCCCAGGGCUGCCGCAGGAGCCAGCCCUGGAGCAGGCCACCAAAGAUGACAAGCUCUCAGAGGGAAGAGGUGUCGGGGAAGCUGGAGAACUUGGCCAAACUUCACAGGUGUCAGCUGCCCUGCUGGCAAACCAAGAAAAUGCAGAGGAUGAGGACCCUGAGCGGGACCAGCUCAUAAUCCGUGAGGCCCAGGAGGAGGAGGAGGAGCAGGGUGCUGGUGAACGAGGGAGACACCCACAAAAACGAGAUGACUACAACAUGGAAGAUAAUCAGGUCGAAUCUAAAAUAGACGAGGCAGUCCUUCUGGAGAAUAACAAAAGCAUAAAUGGUAAUGCUGAAGAUAUAAAGAUACACCAUAAAUUUACUUGAUGUGCAUGAAAAGAUGAAUCACACUGUAUGAGUCAAAAAGGAAUCACAGUUUGCAUCAACAUUAAACAGAGAUGACAAAAAAUUCAUGGGGAAUCUGACAUGCAAAGUAGAAGUUGUAACACAUCUAAAGAUGAUUAUUCUGGAGUUUUAGUAUGUACCUUAUGUGGGGAAAAUCGGGUUGUCUUUUACACUUUUUAGGGAUUUCAAAGUGUCAAAAUAUGUCAAGUUUUUGACUAAUAGGCAUUUCAUGAAAAGAUCAACAUCAAAAGAACAAAGGGAACACAAGGUCUACUUCAAGUAUGGCGACAGUGGUCGUUUAUUCUGGAACAGAACAAAUACACAAAGGCCUGCAGGGAGAGUCCAGAUCUGAUGGUGAGGAGCCACCGCCCUCACAGACCUUCUUCAGCCCCUCUUAAAUUCUCUCCUUGAGUUAAGGCCAUCCGGUCAGUUCUGCCUCAUAACUACCCUACAAACAACUGAACGAAACACUGCACUGUCCUGCUUGGUACCAGCCUGUUGUUUCUGGUCUCACUGAUAAAGACUGAAUGUUGCUUCCUAACCUUGUGCACUCCUUAAUCUGACAGUCAAUUGCCUGGAAUACAGACAAUGAACAAAUGUAUCACUAGCAAGAGAUUUAACAUAGAUGCUGUUUUGUGUGAGUUCCUAAAAAGACUUCUCGUAUGAUGACUUUUCUUACCCUUAAUGUACAAAACAUUUUUAAGUGACUUGUGAUUUUUAAACAUUGGUGGUCUACACAUGCUUUGCUUAAUAUGGGUGGACAAAACAAAAAUUUUUGAUAAUAAGAAUAUAUUACAAAGAGUCGUGAGUCAACUUCUGACACUAGAGAGGUCCGGCUGGCAGCAAUGGUGCUGCCAAGCGGCAACAGAGCCCAGUGAGGCAGGCACAGCCUGGCAGAGACAGGUUUCAUUACAAAACAAAGUUUAACUGAUGCUACUGAAAGAUAGCUAAGUGUUACAAGUAGGGACAGUUGAGAGAGGCAGGAGAAAUGCAGUAACAGGUAUGCAUCCCUUAAUGUCCAUAACACGCUCUAUGACACAUGAUGUGGAUGCUGUGUGACCACUACCUUACACAUAGUACAUAUAUUUGACAUGUCUAAGUGACCUCUUUGCAGGUGGCUCUGGCCCUCCCUUAGCAUUUAAGAACCUCGGUGCUUGCAAGCUUGAACCAUCCCCACAGGCACCUGUGGCAGGGCUCACACCAGAUCCGUUUCAGCUUGGUUGCCACUAAGACGCAGGAGCUGCUUGGUUCCGCAGUAACACGGAGCUGAGCCAUGGCUGCUGUGAAGCUGCAAACAAUGCUGACCUCCACUUCCUGGCACCCUCCCAACAAAGUCUCUCCUUUUGUCUAUUGCGGUGUAUCUACAGUUUUUGUCAGAGUUUACAUUUAGCCACAGCAGACUCACUAAAAAAAAGGUUUGAGAAAAGAACUCACAUUGGUAGCAGUGCCAUGUUGGACUUGACUUGGUUUGAUAUUAAAAAGGGUUUCUAAUACCAGCUCUUGCUUGUAAAUGACUGCAGUACUGUUCAUGAUGUGCUGCCAGGAUCUCCAAAGGGUGGGAGGCAGUGGCAGCUCCUAUAAAAUGCUUAGAUUAAUAGAAUUUCAAUCUGCAGGGGGCCUCAGAGGUCUUUCGGCAUAGCCCCACCUCUUUUAAGGGAGGACACUGGGGCCCAAAGGUUAUGUAACUUACAGGGGCUAGGUAUGGGGUGUGGUGUCUGUGUGUGCACACAGGUGUGUGCUGACAUAUUGCAUUCAUAUUGUGAAUUCAAACUGUAAUGUAUUUUUACUCAAUUACUGAGAUUAUACGUUUCCACUCACAAAAGGAAACUAAAAGGUGUAAAAGCAGCUUUAUAAUAUUCAUAUCAUUUUCUAACCUUCCUUUAUGUAUUAAUAGUAGGAUAUGAAUCUUGUCUUGUUUUCUCAAUUAGCAAAACCUUUACUUAGAGAAGUUUAAUGCAUGCAGAGUGGCUGAGAAAAGCUCCUUGACUUUCUUUUUACAGCUAUACCUUCAUUCCUUAAACAUCUCUAAAGAAUCCACAUUUGAACUGUGAACUAAGGAUAGCCAUUCACCUUUUAACUCGCUGUUUUAAAAAUAAAGCAAAUAAAUCCAUGUAACAAUCAUCAAAGAUAUCAAAACAUGGACCUUGGUCUGUAAGUUUCACCCAAAGUUAAGUCAGCUAUCUUUUAUUAAAAUUAAAACCAACUUUUAGUAAGCAUGAAAUAUCUAUUUCAUUAACACAUUCCUAUGUACUUCAAAUGGUAUGUAGACAGGAGUGAUGAAAUUAUUUGGUUUUGUCCACCACUUCCCUCCACCCCCACCCCCAAUAAGAUUACAUAUGGACUAAGUAAACUUGGUUAAGAUUUCAUAGCCUAAUUGUACUUUUGUGAUGAAAUUUUAUGAGUAAACCACUGCUUACUAUUAAGUCAGUAAGAUACAUUAAAUAACCAGAAUGAUUUUGUUUUGUUACCAUUUGUAGUAACUGGUUUUAUACUCACAGAACAUGGGAAAGGUGGAAUACAACUAUGAAUGGUCAUUAAGGUCCAGUGGAACUGUCUACACUUUGACCUUAAAGGUUUUUAAUUAUGAUAGUGGCACUGAUCACUUGCCUUUGAAAUGAACUAUAGAAAAGAUAAAUUUAUAAAUUUAUUUCCAUUAAA